CUGUUGCUGCUGUACCGUGCAUGUUUCAAAUAGUACUCGGUCGCUCAAGAAUCGAAGAACUACGCUGUGGAGAGAUCUCAAAGAGUUUUUUUAUACCGUUAUGUGUAGACAGGAGAUCUCACGCCUAUAUGAGUCCACGUGAUGUUAUCGCGACAUUGAAAAAUUGUACACUUGUAAUGCGAUUAAAAGUUUUUUAAAUAUUAAUUGUUUUCUCAGGGAAGUGUCGUGACCGAUCAGAAAAACGUAGUUAUUAAGACACACAUUAGCCGAUAAUUAUAAAGCGCAAACACUGUAGACUUAACACAAGGCUUUUGAUAUUUUGCAAGCGGUACACACAAAUUAUAACAUUGUAUUAUAUCCAUGCGAAUGUCACUGUCGGUUCCAGUUGCAGAGUACACGGGCAACUGCGCAAUAGCCUGAUCAAAUCUUCUCCGUUAACAGUAUAAGAUUGUAAAUAAUGUCAACUGUCGAAUAACUCACGGCCUAACGUCGUUUAAGCACUCAAGUCCUCCAAACGAUAUGGCCGACGUAGCCGAAAAGGCUGAAAAGCCCGUGAAGGCUGACGAUGUCGACGAAGAACACGAAAGAUGGCAAAAAAUGAACAAACUGUCCAGGUUUAGAUAUAUAUUGGACAACAUUACGGUGGAACCGUUGUUGGCCAUAUUCAUCAUAUCCAGUGUACUCGGUGGUUUGACCACGCAGAAUUUGAACCUGCAGAAGGCGUGCAGGGUCAACUUAAAGUUAAGCGAUGAAGUGUGUGUUGCCCUCGACAAACGCAACACGAGUGGCCUGAUCCACGACGAAGAGGCCAAAGUCCAAGAGCUGGUAACCACCAUGAUGAUGUGGCAGUCGAUUAUCCAGCACACCAUCCCGUGCAUCUUUGUCAUUUUCGUCGGUUCUUGGAGCGACAGAAGCCGAAAGAGAAAACCAAUUCUGUUGCUGCCCGUCAUAGGCGAACUGGUCAGAACUCUGGGUCUGCUGGUAUGCGUUUACUUUUUCUAUGAACUGCCCAUGGAAGUAGCCGGCUUGGUGGAGUCCGUCCCUUCUUCCCUGACUGGAGGAUGGAUGAUCAUGUUUAUGGCCGUAUUCACAUACAUAUCAGACGUGACCACGGUAAAAAUGAGAACCCUCAGGAUAGGAGUGCUGAAUCUGUCGGUAACGCUGGGACUGCCUUUCGGUAUCAUUCUGUCCGGGGUUUUGUUCCGGCAACUCGGCUUCUACGGCAUUUACAGCAUCUGUUCGGCGUUGUACGCUUUUGGCAUAUUCUACGGCAUCGUGUUCAUUAAAGACACGAGGAAGUCCAAAGACGCUGUCGUAGCUAGUAACAAAGACGAUGCUAAAAGCACGCCGUUCAUAAAAAACGUUCAAAAUUUUUUUGAUGUCAAACACAUUAAAGCCGCGAUUGCCGUGACGUUCAAAAAAGGAAAAUACAACAGAAGAAUCCGAGUCAUUAUGAUGAUGCUGGUGCUCAUAAUAAUCAUGGGUCCCAUGUCAGGAGAAAUGUCUGUUAUGUACUUGUCUACUCGAAUGAGGUUCAACUGGGACGAGGUUAAGUACAGCGUAUUUUCUACGUACACAAUGGCUGUCGGUUUUAUAGGCACAUCACUUUCCUUGUGGAUUUUCAGUCACAAAUUACAAAUGGACGACGCGCUAAUAGCCGCCAUGGCGUGCUUUAGCAAAAUCAUCGGGAGCGUAGUGUUUGCGUUUGCGCACAACGAAUUCAUGUUUUUUAUGGGGCCGGUUGUCGAAAUUAUGCAUGGCGCCGGAUCGAUUGCCACCAGGUCGAUAUUCACAAAGCUGGUCUCUCCGGACGAACUCGGACAAGUUUGUGCCGUGCUGGGUGUCAGUGAGGCUUUCGUGCCUAUGAUAUACGCGCCAAUGUACAGUGCAUUUUACAAAGCCACAAUGAAAACAUUUCCGGGGGCCUUCUUCCUCCUCGGGGGAGGGUUAACGAUACCAGCGUUCUUCAUAUUUUUGUGGAUGUAUAAACAAAACAAAAAGCAAGAAGCUCAAGAACUAGAGGAGAAGAACGCUGAAAAGGUUCAGAAAAACGGUUUGGACUAUCCCGACGUAACGACCAACUCUGUAAAAUAUCCUAUCGAGAUGUCUGAAAAAAACGGUAUAGAUAACUCUACUUUCCAAAAUGAUGAGCCAAAUUUGAAAACCGAUUAAUUAUCAAUCUUAUACAUAUAAGAAAAUGACAUAAAUAUAUAAACAUACAUUUUGUUAUUUUGUAUAUAAAUCUAUUUUAAGUUAUUAUUUAUCGCAACAUUUAGUGGCGCAAUUAGGAAUUUUUAAACCCUUAACGCCCGGAUCGUUCCUCUUUUAGAUGACUUCAAAGCCCAAUUUCCAACAUGCAUACUCAUUAUCUACCGCCCUGCCAUUCUAUUUCAUUAUAAUUUUAACUUAUUUAAAUGUAACUAUUAUUUAUUACCUAUAAGUUGUUGUUAAUUUAUUAUUAUUAUUUUUUUUUU